AAUCAAUCAUAUUCCUCCCUCUCCCUUCCCCUCUUUCUCAUCUAUUCUACAAUUUGAUGGCUUCAAUGCAAUGCGACUCCGAGCAGCUGAAGCAGCUAAAGGAGAUCUUCGACCGGUUUGACAUGGACAAAGACGGCAGCCUGACGCUGCUGGAGCUAGCGGCCCUUCUCCGGUCCCUCGGCCUCAAGCCCACGGGCGACCAAAUCCACACCAUCUCGUCCACCAUGGACGCCAAUGGCAAUGGCGCCAUAGAGUUUGAUGAAUUGGUGGAGCUGAUGUUGUCCGAUCUUAGCAAAGAAGCCCCCAACCACGACCAGCUCAUGGGGGUGUUCAAGGCCUUCGACCGUGAUGGAAAUGGCUACAUCACCGCGGCUGAGCUGGCAGGUCAGAUGGCCAAGAUGGGCCAUCCCCUCACCUACAACGAGCUCACCGAUAUGAUGCAUGAGGCUGACGUUAAUGGCGAUGGCGUCAUCAGCUUCCACGAGUUUGCAGCGAUUGUGGUUGGUAAUAUUGCUUCAAUAAUAAUAUUCUUAAUACAAGCUUUGUUUUUUCACGAACUACAAAUAUUUUAUAUUUUUUAG